GCGGGCGGGGCGGCCAUGGCGGCUGCGGCGGCGGGCGGGAGCGGCGCCGGGGAUGGGGACGGGGACGGGGACGGGGACGUGGACGUGCCCGCCGCCACCCGCCUGCAGGCGUACGCCUGGUGCCGGGAGUUCCUCGCCGGUUCCUGGAAGCUCAUCGGGCCCGAAGAGUUCGGGAUCGGGCUUGUCAGCGGGGGGCUCAGCAACCUGCUGUUCAAGUGUGCGCUGCCCGAGCACAUCCUCAGCGUGGGGGACGAGCCGCGGCAGGUGCUGCUGCGCGUCUAUGGGGCCAUCCUGCAGGGCGUGGACUCGCUGGUGCUGGAGAGCGUGAUGUUUGCCAUCCUGGCCGAGCGGGCGCUGGGGCCGCGGCUCUACGGGGUGUUUCCGCAGGGGCGGCUGGAGCAGUACAUCCCGAGCCGGCGCCUGCGGACCGAGGACCUGCGGGACCCCGACAUCUCCAAGGAGAUCGCGGUGAAGAUGUCGCGGUUCCACGGCAUGGUGAUGCCCUUCAACAAGGAGCCCAAGUGGCUGUUUGGGACCAUGGAGUGGUACCUGAAGCAGAUUUCGGAGCUCACCUUCGCUGAGGAAGCACAGCUGACGAAGUUCAACCACCUCAAGACUUACAACCUGCAGGAAGAGAUGAAGAGCCUCAGGGAGCUGCUGGAGGCCACCCCCUCGCCCGUCGUCUUCUGCCACAAUGACGUCCAGGAGGGGAACAUCCUGCUGCUGGCCGGGCACGAGGACUCCUCCGACAAGCUGAUGCUCAUCGACUUCGAGUACAGCAGCUACAACUACCGGGGCUUCGACAUCGGCAACCACUUCUGCGAGUGGGUUUACAACUACACCCACGACUCCUGGCCCUUCUUCAAGGCGUCCCCGGAGAACUACCCCAGCCGGCAGCAGCAGCUGCAUUUCAUCCGGCACUACCUCUCGGAGGACUCGGGGCGGCGUGGGGACACCACGCACGAGGAGCAGGCGCGCAUCGAGGAGGAGAUGCUCACCGAGAUCAACCGGUUUGCCUUGGCCUCUCACUUCUUCUGGGGCCUGUGGUCCAUCCUGCAGGCCAAGAUCUCCACCAUCAAGUUCGGGUACCUGGACUAUGCACAGAGCCGCUUCGAGGCGUAUUUCCAGCACAAGGCACAGUGCUGCUGAGAGCAGCCCCCAGCCCUGCCUGCGCACCCCGAUCCCGCAGCGCCCCCCCGGCCCCAGCAGCGCCUGUGCCGCGGGGCAGGCCAGGGAUGCAGCACUGUCCCCUCCCGAGGGGCAGCCCCUGUUGGGGGGGGCUGCCCCACAGCCUGGGCUGCCCAGGGGAGCUGUAACGGUUCGGGGGCUGGUGUCCCCAGUGAGAGAAAUGGGUCUGCCCGGCCCGUGCCCCUGGGAAAGGGACAUCUUCAGCGGUGGCUGUGGGGCUGUGCCCCUGCCCUGCCUGCCCCUGCCGGCGCGCACGGUGCUGCCCAUGGCCGGCUCCCCACUGCCUCUGGCACAGCCCCCCGGCCCUGGCGCAGCUCCCCCGGCCCUGGCUCAGCCCCCCAGCUCUGGCACAGCCCUUACGUCUGCACUGCUGGCACCAGGUGGGUUUUGAGCCGUGGGUACUGGCUGGUGGCCAUGGUGGGGCGGGUGCUUGGCCAUCCUGGCUGCCCCUUGCCCGCUCCUGCCUGCUGCAAGGGGUCCAGGCAGGGACGCUGGGAGGUCCCGGGGCACUGCUGGGGGCAGAGGGAUGCGGGGGACCUGCCCUUGCGGCUCAUUCCCCCCCGCGCCCCCCAGAGCUCUGGGGUCAGGGCAGGAGCUGCAGCUGCUCCCUGGCCCCCCAGGGCGUCCCCUGCAUGGCCAGGCUGGGGCUGCCCCUUCCCUCCCCUCCCGACAGCAGAAUGUAACUGUCAGACCAAUAAACGCUGCGGUGGUGCAUGGCA